AUGUUUUGCCACCUGAGACCUAUGAGAAGGUUAUGUAUAUCGAAGAUUCUCCCAAACUGGCUUCUGUACUCAAGAUCUUUAUCCGGAGCCGAAGCAGUCAAUGCUUUGAGGCCUUUCUAUUUUGCGGUGCACCCAGAUUUCUUCGGACAGCACCCUAGAGAAAGGGAAGUCAAUGAAAAUUCUCUUAAGAGAUUAAGUGUCUACUUAGAAAACCUCCAGAAACCAGGCUUCAAGUCUUUGAAACCAACUCAGCUCACAUUUUAUGUCAGAGAAACAGACCAAAGCUCUUCUGAUGGCCAGGAGCCCUUUAGUGCAUCGGGAUUCCGGACCGUGAGGUUUACUUUGCACACCAGAGACCUGCUGACCACCGUGCUCGAUAUUCUCAACUCCUGCAGUUUAUCCACCAAGCAUAUCCAAAGCUUGAGUGCUCAGGUGCAGUCCCAGCCUCACAAGGAAGGCAGGAGGAUGCCAGACCGGCCCAUCAAAUGGGACAAAUCUUAUUACUCCUUCACCGGAUUUAAGGACCCUGAGGAAGACCUCGAGCAGGUGUCAAGGAUGGAAACAACCCUCAUAUCCUGGCUAGAUAGCAAUGAAAAAAGUGCCAUUAAAAAGCUGAGGGAGAGUUUGCCACUUAGGAAAGAACUUGAUCGUCUGAAAAGUGAACUCUCUCAUCAGUUGCAGCUCUCAGAUAUCAGGUGGCAGAGGAGCUGGGGGAUCGCCCAUCGCUGUAGCCAGCUGCAUAGUUUAGGCCGAUUAGCACAGCAGAACUUGGAAACUCUUAAAACUGCAAAAGGAUGCACACUGAUAUUUACAGACCGGUCCGGGAUGAGUGCCGUGGGCCACGUGAUGCUGGGGACAAUGGACGUCCAUCAUCACUGGACAAAACUUUUUGAAAGAUUGCCAAGUUAUUUUGACCUUCAGAGAAGGCUGAUCCUUUUAGAAGACCAGAUAAGCUAUCUUCUGGGUGGCAUCCAAGUCGUUUAUGUUGAAGAGUUACAGCCGGUGCUGACACUCGAAGAGUAUUACUCUCUCCUUGAUGUGUUCUAUAACAGACUGUUGAAAAACAGAAUACCUUUCCAUCCUCGAAGCCUGCGUGGUUUACAAAUGAUCCUUAACAGUGACAGAUACGCUCCCAGCUUGCAUGAACUCGGGCAUUUUAACAUCCCAGUCCUCUGCGACCCAGCCAGCCUCCAGUGGUUCAUUCUCACCAAAGCCGAGCAGGCAAGAGAGAAUCUGAAGAAAAAGGAAGAGUUAAAAGUUAUUGAAAAUGAAUUGAUAAAGGCUUCAACAAAGAAGUUCUCCCUGGAGAAGUUAUAUAAGGAGCCCAGCGUUUCCAGUAAACAAAUGGUGGAUUGCUGUAAAAGACUUCUUGAACAGUCAUUGCCUUACCUCCAUGGGAUGCAUCUCUGUGUGUCCCAUUUCUACUCUGUCAUGCAAGACGGCGACCUCUGUAUUCCUUGGAACUGGAAGGAUGGAGAAGCUGCCAAGUAA